GGAAAUCAUCGGGUUCGACCUCAUCUAUCGUCCUCUCUCGGGAAUGAUGGAGGCAUGGCCAGGGACCUUGGAGCGCGAUGUGGCUAGGCUCGAUGAAGUGCGACGAGGGGUGUCUGUCUAAGGAGCUUGUCGAUUGCUUUUUCCAUCCCUCGAUUCCCAGCAUCUGCAUCAUAUCCCACGAGACUUCUAAUGCACGUAAAUAAGAUCGUGAGCAAGGGAGAGGAGACUUAUGAAACACAAAGCAGUUGCUUCUAGUCAUUAUUACUUGGUGUUCUUUUUCUCUUUUUAUAACUUCGUCUACAAAUGGAAUGAUUUUCUCAUUUCUAGAGGCACCGUCCACUAAUGACCUAGAGAUGGGGUAUCCCCAAACUACCACUGGGUAGAUGAUUAGAGUAUCGAAGUUUUAGAGUCCAAACUGC